AUGUCGACUUCACUGUUUCAAGUAUGUAUGAUCUUUUCUUUUUGUGCAAGUCUUCUUACUCCAAUCAGCUGCCAUGACAACUCAAGGCUUCACAAGAAACACGCAGCCUUGUUCGUCUUUGGUGAUUCGCAGUUUGAUGUCGGAAAUAAUAACUACUUGAACACUUCCACUGAACUUCAAGCAAAUUUCUGGCCAUAUGGGGAAACAUUCUUCAAGCAACCCACUGGUAGAUUUUCGGAUGGACGUCUAAUCCCUGAUUUUAUUGCUCAGUAUGCAAAGUUGCCACUUAUUCCACCAUAUUUACGACGUGGGUUCAAAAGCUAUACUUAUGGGGUCAACUUCGCAUCUGCCGGGGCUGGUGCUCUAGCUGAAUCUUAUCAAGGAUUUGUCAUAGACCUUAAAACUCAACUGGGUUAUUUCAAGAAAGUGGAGAAGCAGUUGAGGCACAAACUAGGCCAUGCAGAAGCCUACACAUUGCUGUCAGAAGCUGUUUACUUAAUUGGCAUUGGAGCCAAUGACUAUUCUUAUGCACUCGGCACAAAUUCCAGUUUGUUUGAGUCCUCACCUGAAGAAUUUGUUGGCCUGGUGAUAGGAAACCUGACAACUGUGAUCAAGGAAAUAUACAAGAAAGGAGGAAGGAAAUUUGGGUUUACAAGCAUGGCUCCUCUGGGUUGUGUACCAAGCAUGAGAGCAAUGAAACCAGGAAACACAGGCACAUGUGUGGAAGAAGUGAAUGCGGUAGCGAAACUACACAACAGAGUACUUGAUAAAGUCCUCCUAAAGCUUAAAGGACAUCUCCCAGGAUUCAAGUAUUCAUAUCCAAAUGUAUACCCUCACAUAGACGAAAUAUUUAACAAUGCGUCUAAACAUGGUUUCAAGGAGGGAAAGACGGCAUGUUGCGGAUCUGGUCCAUACAGAGGAAUUGGGAGUUGUGGAGGGAAGCGAGGCGUGACAGACAAUGUUACUGAAUAUGUGUUUUUCGAAUCCAAUCAUCCCACAGAAAGGUUUUACCAGAAAGUUUCCAAGUUAUGGUGGAGCCAUACCCCUAAACAGACUGAGACUUACAUUGGUCUGAAAGAGCUAUUUGAAGUUUAUUGA